AUGGGAAUUAGUACUCUUUCUCACAUGAGGUUCCGUGAAAUCUGGAACAUGAGAUUCCGUGUUCUUCAAGACUUUGUUCUUAACAACGCUUUUGUUGAGUCAUCAAACAUAUCUGAGUAUGAUAUUGGAGAAGAAGGAGAUCUAUUUAAAGCUCCUGAUCUAAUUCUUGAAGAACCAAUCUUAGCCGUUGAUCCACUCUCAGCUGCUCUAACCAUGAUCUCUUGCGGCGAAGACACUUCACAAGGUCUUUGUGAGCUUCCUGAUCUCGAUCUCGGGUCAUUGGAGAGUGGUCAACAGCUUCUGGACAAAGCUUUCUAUGAAUGUGAGCAAGAUCUCAUGAUGAAAUCAGCUAUGGAGUCACCAUUCUCUGAUGUUUUAGACAUCAAGAACAUCUCUGUGGUGACGGCAGCAAUCGAUGAGAACCAGGAUAUGCAGAAGAGCGUAAGCUCCGGGAAUCUGAGCUCUAUGGACUGGGCACAUGCACAUCAAGACGCUGUUGUGAUUCAGAAUUUCCCUGAUUUUGCUCAGUUGGAUUUUGGUUCUGUUUAUGGGAUGCGAAGAGCUUUUAGUGAAGGUGACAUACAGAAACUUGGGACUGGUCUUGUUCAAUCUCCAUUGGAUAGGAUAAUUGUGAGCUGCACUUCAGAGGAUCGACGUGAGAAGCUUUCUCGAUACAGGAACAAGAAGAGCAGGCGAAAUUUCGGACGCAAGAUCAAGUAUGCUUGUAGGAAAGCUCUUGCAGAUAGCCAACCAAGGAUCCGAGGAAGGUUUGCGAAAACAGAGGAGAGGAAGUAGAAUGGUUUCAAAGGGAAUGGGACUUGAGCAGAAGGAAGAAACUUAGAAGAGAAUAAGAAGACAAAGCCCAUCUCAUUAGAAGAAACUAGUUUUGUUUUUUAUAUAAUAUUAUAUGCAUGUAUAAACCUAAGCAUCCCAAUUAGUUUUUUGUUUGUAUAUAUAGGGUCUCCCUGAAUAAGCUUUUUAAGGAAAGAAAUUGUAGCUACAGAAGUAAUGUAAUGGUUGUGAGAGAUGUAGAUAUAUCUAUAAUUCUCUAAUAUUAGAUCAUGUGAUGUGAUAUAAAAAAGUUCUUGAUGUUUUCUUUGCUUGUAAGCACCGCAACAAGUUAGAUUUUUUCAGCUUUUUAACAGUUUUCAGAGAUUGCAUUUUCAGAA